AUGAUUAGGUACUUUGAGAGUAUCUUAGGCUUGGCAUUCCGUUCUCGUCUCAUACAACACGCCUACAAACAAUACUUUGCGGACAAAACCUACUACGCGGUAUCGAAUUUGGAUAGCCGUCUACAGAAUGCCGAUCAAUGUCUGACUGAGGACAUUACAAUGUUUAGUCAAAGUGUCGCUCAUCUCUAUUCGCAUCUCACUAAACCUAUUCUCGACAUUGCACUCAUAACGUUUACAUUGGUCUCAUAUGCGGCUAGCCGAGGUUCUGCCGAAAACGUCAUUGUACCGUCAAUUUUAGCCACCCUUGUUGUCGGUGUUACGGCGAGCUUAUUGAAGUCAAUCUCUCCAAAGUGA